AUGACAGGGUUCGAUGAGGAGUCGAAGGUAGCCAUCCCGAUCCAAAAUGGGCAUACCACAGGUUUUCGCGGUGACAGAGUCGGGCAUGCAGAUGCAAUCAUCGACUGGUACGGGCCUGACGACCCGGAAAACCCGUACAACUGGUCCCUGCGGAAGAAGUGGACAAUCACCGCAGUCGCAAUCAUGGCGACGUUUACGACCAUCCUGAACGGGACCAUGAUCACCGUCGCCCACGCGGCCAUCAACGACGAAUUCCACGUCAGUGACGCCAGGUUUCCGCAUUCGUACUGGCCCGUCACCAGUUGGGCCCUGGGAGGCGCCUUGUGCGGCUUGGUCGUUCUGCCGCUGAUGGAGGACUUUGGCGUGCGACCUGCCUUUCUCACCAUAUACGCCGUCUUCAUAUGCUUCAUCAUUCCACAGGCGGUGGCACACAAUUUCGCCACGCUGAUCAUCUCGCGCUUCUUCUCGGGGGGCUGUGUCUCCGUCCUCUCCAACACCGCUGCCGCUUUGAUCGGGAAUAUCUGGGAAGGUGACCGCGCUCGCACCAUCCCCUUGAGCCUCUUCGUCAUGCUCUACCUUGCAGGGAGCAGCAUGGGACCUGUGAUCGCCGGCGUCAUUUUCGAAAACCUGUCCUGGCGAUGGAUCUCGUACAUGCAGCUGAUCUGGUACGGCGCCCUCUUCCCGAUCUACGUCUUCUUCUUCCAGGAGAGCAGGGGCACCAUCAUCCUCCAAAAGCGCGCGCUGAGACUGCAGAAGGCCGGCGUGCCGGUCCGCGGACCACACGACGGGAACCAUCUGAGUCUCCCACGCAAGCUGGUCCGGAGCACCAAACGGCCGCUGCGAAUGCUAUUUGCCGAGCCGGUCCUGUUCGUCUUCACGCUCUGGUCGGCUUUCAUGCUUGGCACGGUCUACGUCUUCACCCAAUCCGUCGAGCAAGUCUUCGCGGGCUUGUACGGCUGGACAGCCUCACAAGCCGGCUAUGUCCAAGCGGCAGUGGUCAUCGGCGAAUUCGUGGGCUGGACUGGCGUUCUCAUCAACGCGAAGUUGUACUACGCCUCGGUUUCGCGCAACACCGAGGUGCCUGGGACGCCCAUUCCCGAGGCGCGACUUUACGUGAGCGUUGUGGGCAGUUUCGUCGGCGUGGCUGGGGGUAUGUUUGUCUACGGGUGGACCGCAUACCCGUCCGUCCCGUGGAUCGCGCCAGCCAUCGGCCUGGCGAUGGUCGGCUACGGGGUCAACGUUGUGGUAGUCGCGAUCGCCGACUACGUGGUGGAUGCGUACGCCAAGUACGCCGGCAGCGCGUGUGCGGCUGUGGUGCUGGGUGAGAAUCUCUUUUCGGCCUUCCUGCCCCUGGCCGCCCAGAGCAUGUACACCAAGCUCGGGUUCCAAUGGGCCAGCAGUCUGCUAGGCUUUAUGGCCCUGGUGCUCUCCUUUGCACCCGUGGCCAUCCUGCUCAUCGGACGGAGGCUGAGAGAGCGCAGCCCCUUUAUGAAGGAGGCCAUUGUGCUGAGGAGGGAGUACUCACGCACGAAUUGA